AGUAGCUGUCUUCUUUUAUCUCUCUCUCUUCUCUCUCUCUCUCUCUCGCCAUUCUAUUCUCAUCUCAUCCUCCAUCCAGCCUGCCUUUUCUCUUUCCCCCAUUGUUCACUGCGCCUCUUCUCUGUCUCUUUGCCCCCAUCUUUUCUCUGCCUAGAGAAAAAAGGAGAGGGGAAGCAGAGAGCAAAGGGAGGUUUCUUCUUCGUUUUCUCCGGAGAACUGGGCUUUAGAUCGAUCGGCUUCUUCCGGCAUCUAAUUUCUUUUGUACGUUCUUCGGUUCAUCUUUCCUUCUCUCUCUCUCUCUCUCUCUCUUUGGAGCGAUCGAUUGGCGAUCGUCUCAUGUUUUUGUCAAAUAUUUGUGCAGCUGCGUUGUUGAGAUUUUUGUUUUUUUUUUUUGGGUUUUAAAACCAUGGGUCUUUUUUUAUUUUCACUGAUUAUUCGUGAUUUUUAAAUUUCGGAUCGUUUGAUACGAGCUGGUUCGUGAAUUAGAUUUGUCUUUUACCGUUGCUGGGCUCAUCCAGUAUUGAUUCUGAGGAGGCUUCGAAGAAGAAUAACCGACUAUUUUGCCCUUUAUUCCGUAUUUUUGGUCCAUGAGUUUGAUUUUUAUUUUGUGAAAUAAAGAUUAACGUUAUGUGUUUAGUCGAGCUGCAAAUUCUUCGUCUUCCCAUGGUAUGGUAGUUGCGUGUUGUAGCUUGAAUUGUUCAUCUGCCUGCCUUCUUUGUUGUUCGUUGUCAGAAAUCUUCCGUGGAUAGAUGCGUAUUAUUUGUGAAUAGCCUGUCCUCGGACUCGGAGUUUGCCUUAGUAGAAUUUGGUUUUCCGCGACUGAUGCUCAUGUUGCUUUACUCUGUCAUCUGGGGCUUGUAAGAUUUAGGGACAUCGGUUUAAGCUCCCACAGCGAGUAGCUCAUCUCAUCGGCUAUCUAGCUCACACGGAUUGUACGAAUUUCUGUUGUUCCUUACUGGACUGUUCUGCCGGGGGCAGAUUCAAUUUAAUAUGGUUGUUUGAGGUGUAAUGUGUUAAUGAACUAGUAAAUGUCUUGGUUCUUGGUCGCCCUCCCCAAUCAAGUCUUGACUGGUUUAGAUGGCAAAUAAAUGGAUUGGCCCAGCUUUCAAAAGAGUUGCUGUGCCUGGCAUACUGUUUAUUCUGGGAAUUUAUUCAGGACUCGAACAUUUUUUAUAAGGGAAUACAAAAUAACCCUAAUGCAAGGGCAAAGGGGCACUAUUAGUUCCUUGCCUGAAACACUAGAUUUUGAUCAUGGAUCUACAUCAAGUAAUACUGGUAUAGAGCAGCAGAUCUGCUGGAAUAAUUUAAGGAAUCCAUCAGAAAAUAGGUUACCAGACUAUAUUCUGCCACAUGGUGAUACAAAUGUUACAUAUCUGAAUGCUAUUAGACAUGAAGGGCAGAAUUUGGGCCGGUGGAGUUUAGGUCAACCAAGUUCCAGCAGUGCUCAAAACGAGAUGAGUCGCGAUGAACAUAAAAUGGAGCAUGGACUGUCUUCUUCAUUGAUUGCUUCUGCUGGUGCUGGUCCAAGGUUGGAAGAACAGCGAUGUGAGACAACUAAUCUUCUUUCAAUGGACAAUGUUAAUGUGAACUUUAGUACCAAUCAAAUUGCAAAUGGGCCAUUGUUGUUGCAAAGUUCAAGUUCUGAUCCUAUAACUCAUAACAUUAACAUUAAUGCCAGAUUUGUUGCCCAUGGCGGGGAUAAUUGUCAAGUCGUGGAAUGUCCUAAUUCAUACAAGUCAGGCAGUUCAAUAAAUGAGCAGAUUCCUUCUACCAGUAGCUCUUCUGAUCCUUUUGGGGCUCAUUCUAGAACUGCUGGAUAUUUGGUUGAAGAGAAUGAUGGCAGACCAGGUUGUUCUUUGGAUGGUCGUCGGUUGUCCUGUAAAAGAAAGGCUCUUGAUGGGAGUGUUGGCCAAUCGUCCAUGGAUGGAAGUUCAAGCUUUCAGCAUGCAGAAAGUAGCAUAUGGCACGCUGUUCCUGCUCACAAUAAUGCUGGCGGUAGUUUAACUAUAUCUACUCCCUCAGAUAAUUUUCUUGGUGUUGGACCCUUCGAGCAGGUGAAUCCAAGACUUGGCAUUGGUGCAGCUGGAGGACCUUCUGACAAUGUUCCUUCCCUAACCGAAGCGGGAAGUGCUGAAAGCUCCCAGAGAAAUUUCCGCAUGAGGGUAAAUCCUUCACACCAACAAGAUUCUCUACCCCCUAAUUUGUUUUCAAGAGGGAGUUCUGUUGGUCAUUUUAAUGUUUCAUCUCCUGGUCAAUCUUUGAGACUUCUUCCAGUUAAUCAUUCUCCUGACCUGGGAUUGGCACAGACAACAGACAGCACAAGUUCUCAAAACCAGUCUUUCGUGGUGCGUGUUCCUCCUAUGCCACGAAAUGUGCAUUCAUUUAGGUGGAAUGGAGCCUCUAGCUCAAGAUCUGGUAAUUCAUCAAAUUCUGUCAUAUCUGGAGUUAGAGAUGCCUCGCUACGUGAGGAAUCCAACUCAAGAAGUUUGCCAAGAAACAUUUCAGAACAUCCUAUGUUUAUUCCUGCCGCUGAUUUGAGAAAUUCAGCUCAAAAUCCAACAAAUUGGAAUUUAGCAAGUGGAAAUAUAAGUAUUCCAGGAAAUGUUGCUUCAACUUCUAGGACUGGCUCAAAUUCAGGUGCUGCCCAUCCAUCAUCUGCUUCUAAUCGAGUUCCUCAUCGCAAUCCUUCUUCACAAUAUCCUCGGAGAUUGUCUGAGUUUGUUCGUCGAUCAUUGUUUUCUUCUGUUGGCUCUGACUCUGGUGGCCAGGGCAGUAAUCAUUCUCCACUUCAUUCAGACCCUGCUCCCUCACCAGAGAUGCUGCUUCCAUCUGGAGCUGGUAGUCAGGGGCAUCAUCAGUCACACUCAAGGUCAGCAUUAUGGUUGGACAGCCAGGGUGAUAGCGUCCUUGGAUUUCCCCAUUCAUUGCGAAAUUUUUCUGCAGGCAGUGAAGGGAGAAGCAGACUGGUAUCUGAGAUUCGUAAUGUCUUGGAUCUUGUGCGCCGGCGUGAGGGAUUAGGAUUUGAGGAUGUCAUGAUCCUUGAUCAGUCUGUAUUUUUUGGGGUGGCGGAUGCCCACGACCGGCAUAGAGAUAUGAGGCUUGAUGUCGAUAACAUGUCUUAUGAGGAGUUACUGGCACUGGAAGAGCGUAUUGGAAACGUAAGCACUGGAUUGAGUGAAGAAACAAUUUCGAAACGUCUGAAACAGCGAAAAUAUUUAUGUAAUGCUGCUGGAGCUGAGAUGGAUGUAGAACCCUGUUGUGUUUGCCAGGAGGAAUAUGGUGAAGGAGAUGAUCUUGGAGCUCUGGACUGUGGGCAUGAAUUCCACUCUGGCUGUAUCAAGCAGUGGCUGAUGCACAAGAACUUGUGCCCCAUUUGUAAAACCACAGCUUUGAGAGAUGAUUAAUCUUUCUUUCUCCCUGUAUUUGGAUGAAGGGCAGUGGGCUUGAAAAUGUGUAAUUGCCCACUGUUUGCUGUUAUCAAAAUUCAAUAUUGUUGUUCUUCCCAUGCUUUAUUCUUCCAUUUUGAAGCUAGUUGUUGUUGGCACUCUCCUUCCAUACAAUCUUUGUUUAAGAUCAUUUUUUAAAAUCAUAUUUAACUUACCGUCAACUUUGGCGGCUUCGUCU